CACACCUUAAUCGAUGAUACGAACAACAAUCGAUAUAUUUAGCAGCUGUCAAAAAUCCCGCUAUUCCAACACCAAAAAUUCUCAAGAAUUUUCAAAAAUAGUUCUUUUUUAUCGUGUAAAUUGUAUUAAAUUGUAUCAAAAAAGUGUUUUAAUUCAUUAUUUAUCUGUUUAUUCUCGAAUUGUUUAAAAAACUCCACACUAAAAAUGAUAAAUACAGGGAAGCUGGCCGGACGAACCCUUUUCAUCACGGGAGCUUCUCGUGGAAUUGGCAAGGCUAUCGCGCUGAAAGCUGCUCGAGAUGGAGCUAAUAUCGUCAUUGCGGCCAAGACAACUACUCCCCAUCCAAAGCUUCCCGGAACAAUCUACACAGCUGCUGAAGAAGUUGAGGCUGCUGGCGGCAAGGCACUGGCCUGUGUUGUGGAUAUCAGAGAUGAGAAUCAAGUGAGGACAGCUGUCCAGUCGGCAGCUGAAAAGUUCGGUGGGAUUGACAUUGUCGUCAAUAAUGCCAGCGCAAUUUCCCUGACCUCUACAGAACACACUGAAAUGAAGCGCUAUGACUUGAUGCAUAACAUCAAUACAAGGGGAACCUUUCUUGUAUCAAAAGAAUGCUUGCCGUACUUGAAGAAGAGCAAUCAUGCUCAUAUUCUCAACAUUUCGCCACCAUUGAAUAUGGCACCGCAUUGGUUUGGGCCUCAUGUCGCGUACACGAUGGCCAAAUAUGGGAUGUCUAUGUGCGUCCUUGGCAUGGCUCAGGAGUUCAAACCUCUUGGGAUCAGUGUUAAUGCCCUGUGGCCACGUACUGCCAUCGCCACGGCAGCUAUGGACCUCAUCACAGGUGGUGAGGAUACAAAGUUCUACCGGAAGCCCGAAAUUAUGGCUGAUGCAGCCUACGUUGUCCUCAGUCGGGAACCACGAUCAACCACUGGGAACUUUUUCGUAGACGAUGAGGUUCUCUAUGGUGCUGGCGUUACCGACCUCAAACCCUAUGCGUGCAAUCCCGAGUUUGCCGAUCAACUCUUCCCGGACUUCUUUCUCGAGAUGGAUACAACUUUGUUGGAAAAAUACAAGGACAAGGUUAAAAUGUCCCCUUCGCCAAAGACAGCAUCCACGGGAAACAUUGCUGGACUCUUUGGGAAGAUUGAGAGUAUGAUGAAUGAGGAGCUGGUGAAGAGAGUCGGUGCCAGCUACAUGUUCAACGUGAAGGGCGAAGAAGCAGGUACGUGGUAUUUGGACCUCACAAGUGGCUCCGGAAAAUGCGGCAAGGGACAACCUCAAGUUCCCGCUGAUGCUACCCUCACGAUGGAUUCCAAGCAUUUUUAUGAAAUGUUCACGGGGAAACUGAAGCCGGCAAAUGCCUUCAUGUCGGGAAAACUCAAGAUUUCGGGUGAUCUCACGAAAGCCAUGAAGCUUGAAAAGCUCAUGGGUAGCCUUAAAGCUAAGCUCUAAGAGCGAAAAUUACUUUCGGGGAGGAUCGUCGGGGCGUUGCUGUGCAUUAUCGUGGCGAAUGUAUUUUUUUCAAAAUAAAAAAGUGGUCGCAUGAGGAAUUUUCUACGAAAAA